UUCCAUUCUGAUUGGAAUUUCAAAAUCCAUUGCUAAAAAUAGAUACACCUGUUCCAUUACCAUCGGCGGGAAAACCCGUAGCAAAAAUUUAGGAAGAUUUGAUUGGCUAUUUUUGGUCACAUGUCUAUUGGGAAAGUCCUGAAUGCCAUUUUGUUGCUGCGUGGAAACACGAAAUAUGGGAUUUUUGAAACAAGAAUAUCUUUUUGGAUUUAAGGAUUUCUGAAUUUACAUGUAUAUAAUUCAAUGACUGUGUAUACAAUUGUUAAAUAAUGAACCAAAGGAACCAAAAGAAAAUGGACAAGAAAAAAAGUAAAACUGGCAAAAAGAGAAAAAGUAUGCAGGAAAACGACACGGCCGAGCGGAGCCAGAGGAAAAACCAAAAACUGCAGAGGUCAUGAACGAAAAAGAGAAACAAGACCGACUAGAAGCGGCGAGUGUUUUGUCAUCUUUAAUGUUUUUCCCUCCUAAAUCAUCUGAAGAAAAUGAUAAUUCGGAGAAUGGGGGUAAGGAUGACCUAGUUACGCCCUCUUCCUCGGUGACCCAGAUUUCAUUGCAACCAACAACGUCUGGAAUUCCCGCAACGUCACAGCAUACAUCUCUCGUGCUACGUGGGGGUGGAAGCCCAGCAGAAAAUGCAGCCAAACUUGAAAACAGUAUGAUUUUAGCACAAUUGCAGAAUCAGUUGUCUCUUGCAUUGAAAAAUAAAAUGUGAAUCCAGUAGUACAACCGCAAACGCAUCCUGCAUUUGCACCAAUAAUUCUUUGAUAGUCCGACCAAGUUUCCUAUCUAAAAAAGUGUAGCAAAUGACAAAACUGAUUCUCAGAAUGUUCCUUUGACUGUUUUAAAACAAACUCUCACUGUUAAUAAAAAUGUUGCAAAAGCCACUGAGGCAAGCAGUGUCUAAUAACAAACUGAAAUCUGAAUUGCCCUCUGCGGAGGGUUUACAGGUGAAAACGAGUGAGAAUUUAACUGAUGAAGUUGCUUCUCAUAAUGAGCAGGAGAAAAUGGACUGUGAAUCUCUUGCAUCUGGCAGACUUAAUGGAGGAACCGAUAAUAAUCUUCCAUUGAAAAAGCGUAGACUGAUCGGAAUGAACAAUGAGUCUUUGACUACCUCAGAUCUAAACUUUGGUUCAAGUGCAAACUUAGACACAUUAGCAUCAGCCCGACAGAUAGAAAAUAUUCUCCAGAUGGCCAAAGAUUACCCAGCUUCAUCUGCUGACUCGGCACUGAGCUUAGUGACAAGUUUAACACAAACUAAAUUACAAGAAGGUGCAGGGUACCGCCCAGUUCAGUUUGAUCCACGUACAAGUCUGAUGGUACUGUCUGACCUCAAGUUUGCUCUCACACCAGAUGAAGAUGGAGAUUUACCAAUCCAUAUAGCUGUUGUACAUGAAAACAUAGACUUGGUGAAGAAAUUCAUAGAUAUUAUGGCAGUGUCGGGAAAAACCGUGGAUAGAUUUAACAAACUCCAGCAGACACCACUGCACUUGGCGGUGCUAGUUAAAAGACCGGAGAUUGUAUCUGCACUUCUGAUCGCUGGCGCGAACCCCAAUCUCCUCGACCGUCAUGGCUAUACUAGUGUACAUAUAUCGGUGCAAAAACAACAACCGGAAUGUAUGGAAACUGUGUUCAGAGAUUCCAAAUUCCCAGUCAAACUCAAUACAAGAGACUAUGAAGGAUAUUACCCUUUGCAUACUUGUGUGGAGCUAGAUAACUUAAAAAUGAUGGUUGCCUUGAUUAAGAAAGGAGCUGAUAUGGACUGUCAGGAUGGAAAGGCAGGUAGAAGUGUGCUUCUAUAUGCUGUAGAGUAUAACAGAUUAAGCAUAGUACAUUAUCUUCUAGAACAUGGUGCUACACCUGAUCUACAAAACUAUGCUAGUGUGACUCCGAUGAUGACAGCCCAGGCAGCCAACCAAGAUGAAAUAAUUACCUGGUUAAAUAAAGCUUUGGAUAUUGGCACCAAAUAUGAAGAUUCUUACAUACCAUCGAAAAAGGUUCCACUACCUAUUGCAAGAAUACCAGCAAAGGGUUUCCAACCCGGUACCAAGGAUAGAGUGGGUCGACAUUCAGUGAGUGGUGAUAUGCCUCUAAUUUAUGAGGAAUAUAAUCCAGGGUCAAGGUCGCAGACUGUUUCUGACACUAUAAAGAAAGAGCCGUUGUCACGGCAAUCAUCUGUAUCUUCACCUAUAGAUCUCAGUAUGAGACAUAACACUGAAUCCCCAUCACAGCCUCCUAAUCCUCCUAAUGAAAUGUCCAUAAGGGGAAAACCUGGAAGGAGAAAAACCAAAAAGGAACAUAAAAAUCACAAAGAGAAACAACCACAGAAAAGUAUGGUGAAAGAAAAGCAUGCAUCUGUAGUAGCAGCUCUUGAAGGAAGUAUGUUUGCUGGGCAGACUUAUCCAAGAAAGGGGAAUGAUAAAGUUUCAGAUGAUAAACCUUUUACUCAGAAUAUUAAAAUUGAAGCCCAGGAUAGUGAAGAUAUUGAAAUGAAGUGCAAAACUGAAAAUGGGGGCAUGGCUGAUGCUGAAAAUGCGAAAAGUAACUUGUCAUCAACGACUUUGAGUGAUUUUAUUCUUAAUUUGAAACCAGAUCAAACCAAAUAUUUGGUGGAAAAAGUAAGACAGCAGUUAAAUGUUCAUAAAGAUCACAUCUCAACAUUGUCAUCCAAAGAACCUAGUAAGUAUGCAGCUGAAACUGAUUGUGAUAAUAAGACAGACUAUAGACAAAACAGUCCAGAGAAUGUCCCUGAGAGAAUGCACCAAGAUUUGAAAUCUGACGAUAGUAAAAAUGAUACUCCAGUGACUGAGACAGUUCUUAAAGAUAAAGGCAAAUAUCUUGGGAAAAUUGUUUCUUUAAAAGACAACUGUGUAAUAGAUGACAUUGAAAUGGAUGUAGAGUCAAGUAAUGAAAAGGAAGCUGCUGAAAAUGUUACAGGUCCCACAGAGUCUCAACUAGUAGGAUCUCGAUGUGAGAGUAGGUCAGACACUCCUGAGGCUUAUGCUAGUGAUGAAAGUGAUAUUGAAGAUAUUUCAAUGGAUUGCAGUCAUGUUGCUGUUGAGGCUUAUAAUGUACAACAAACUGCAGGAUCCUCUCCUGGGAAGAUAGAAAGUCAUUCUGACUCUAAUAUAAUAGGUGGUCAAGUGUCUGUUUCAGUAAAUGAUAAAAAUGACAUAGAUAAAGCAGACAAACCUGUUCAUGGAGUAAAUGUGCAUGAAAAUCUAAAGAACUAUUUAAAAGAACGCAUUGUGAAUAGAAGUGAAAAUAGUCAAAAAACUGCUCGUCUAUAUGAUAGGCAUGAUAAGCCGUCUAAAACUGUAGAACUUGUUUCUCAAAUAUCACAAGAAUCCGGGUCAAGCUCUUCACUACAGGGAUCACAAGGGUCACAUGGUUUUGAAGUGAUCUCACCACCUGUGUUGAAUGUUAAUCAAGCUAAUGACUUGAAUGUUUUUAAGAAAGUGAGUAGCCAAGCUGAACACUCCGAAGAUUCAAUGGAAGUUGAGUUUCCUUCAGAACAUCAGGUAUCAGAUCAGAAAGAAUCAAGCCAUAAAACGGCAGUUGAUGAUGAUGAAUCUGAUGUAGAGAAAGUAUAUUCUAAAGAUGAUGCAAUUCAUACAAAUGGUGAUGGUGAAUCAAUGGAAGUAAAUCUUGAUGAAGAAAAGUUAAAAGCAAACAUUGACACUGAUGAUGAUGAUGAAGAGACUGGUUUAGUGAUAGAUGAACAUGUUGAAAAUGAGUCUGAAAAUAAUGGGGAUACAUUUGAAGUAAAUGACAAUAUUGCAUCUGAAGAUAAAAACAUAAAAACUGAUCAGGGAAAGGAUGAAGAUUCUGAAAUGACCAAUAUGGAUGUUAAAGAUUCAGGUUACAGUGAAACAUGUGAGGAAGCAAUUGAAAACAAUAGAACUGAUUAUGUACAACCUCAUAAUAAAGAAUGUAAUGGUGAAAUUGAUGAGGAAAAUGAACAGGAUCGUUCUGAGAAAGGUGUCAAUGACGAAGUUCAUGUUCAUUCAGAAAAAUCAUCUGAAGUUAAUGGGACAGAUUUUUCUAAUGGUGCAUCUGUAAGAAAUGUUGAAAGUCCUUCAUUUAUUCGGCCAGAUGGCAUAAAGCCAUAUGUUAAACAAAAUGCUCAAGAGUUAAAGGAAAAAGAUAUAAAAAAGAAAGCAGUUGGUGAAGGGGGACUUAGCCAGAGUCUUUCUCAGGAAGAAAUGUUGAAAAAAGGACAAUCUCAUACUUUGUUCUAUCGUGAUGGAGAUGGCUACAAACCAAUUAAAAUAUUUAUUGACAAUUCCAAGCAGUCAUCUCUUGUGCUUCAGAAAAUGUUCCAAUCUGCCCAGUUGGCCAAUGUGAACAGGAAAUCGGGUCUUGCUGGUAUUGGGGACAUAAAAAAGACACCUGCAGAAAAUAGUAAUAUCUCUGACUUGAGUAAGUUAGUGACUAUGAAAUCUUCUGGGACAAAUGUUAUCACAAGCCAAACUAUACCAGUUACAAACAGCUCUUUAGCUGAAAAUAAUAUAACAGGAAAAGUCAGUGAAAAUUCAUUGAACACAGCAGCUAUAACAUCUUCUUAUAUGAAUAUUGUCACAUCUUCUAAUAUGAAUGUUGAAUCUAUUUCUGUGACAAGUACAAACCAUUCAGGACUUGCGUCAACCACAUCUGUGACAGACUCAAAUCAGUCUUUUCAACAAGCCUAUAUUGAGUCUUUAAAACAAAAAGCAAGUGCAGAACUCGCAGUUAUUAACAAUUCAGGUUCUGUUAAACAGACUAAAAAACGGACCACACUCAGUCCAAGUAAAAGUGAUACUUCAAGUCAUAUAAAAGCAGUUUCACAAAGUGCUAAACUAAAAAUUUCACAUUCUGCAAAAUCAUUUGAUUCCCAGCCAUUUAUUGAGAUGUUACCACCUUGUAAAAAAGUACACGUAGUACCUGCUAAACCGUUAAAUGUUAAUAUAGCUAGUAAACACACAUCUGAGGGAACAUUGACUCGUGUAAAUCCCGAUAUUAGAAGGAACGUUAAAGCCUUACUAUCUCAGAGAAAAGUCGGACUGGUGCGGUCCGAAUCGGACAGUUAUAUUGUAAGCAAUAAGGGUAUUAAUAGUAACGUUGUGACUACAGUUCCGGAGACUGUACAAACCUCUGUUACUGAUUCAAGGCAGCAAUUGUGACCGUUUGUAAAUUUUUGAUCAUGUGUCUAAAUGUUUGUUCAAAAGUUAAAGAAAUAUUUGUUUAUCACAUGGCAUCAUUUGUUUUCAAAGAAAUAUCACUUUUUGUAUUCCUUUUAGUUUUCCAGCCAAAAAUACAGUAAUUUUCAAUUGAAAAAAAACAUAACAUCUGAAUUGAUUUUCCUUUUUUAACAUUCUGGAAUGCUUAAGUGGAUAUUUUUCAUGAAUGUGUAUUAAUGUUAUAUGUAUACAUGUCUAUUUUUAAAGCUGCAUGCCUCCAGAUGAGCCAAAAUAUUUUAAGAAAAAUAAUCAUGAGAAAAAUGUACUAAGAUUUUAAGGAAAGUAAAAAAAUAUUCACAAUUCAAGAAAUAAUUUAAAAGUUAAAAAAAUACAUGCAAAAUAUCCACUUGUCAGUAACAGAUGUUUCCACUUGUCAAUAACAGAUGUUUAACCUUAAAUCUUGUACCUACAGUCUUUAACUUUAAUACACAAACCAUUAUAGAAUUUUGCUGUAUUAUUAAAGAAGUUAAUCUAUCACAAAAAUGCUAAUAAUAUAAAUCAUGUCAGCAACUUUUAGAAGAUAUUAUCCUGUGUGAAACUCUGCUCGUGUAUGGUUUAUUAGUUAAAAAAAUACUGGAAUUGAAUGUUCAAGAGAAGUUUUGUGAUAUUCUAGACUUCAAAUGUGAAUAAAUGAACCCUUGUCUUGGGUGGUUUUUGAAAAGCUCAUUUUUACUACAGCCAGCAUAUGUGUUAUCUGUUUGUCACAUAAAUAAAUAAAUUGGUUUUUUGUUACUCCUGGGAUUUGAACUUUACUAAGAAAGAAAAAGUAAUGUCAUUUCUGCAGCUUAUAAAUGUGUUAAGUUAUAAAACUCUCUUUAACCUUCAUAUUAACAAUGAUAAUGUUUAAUCUGCUAGAGUUCUAUUACAUUACUGUCAAUAAAUUUGAAAAAUUUCUUAUGAUUUUUUCGAAGAAUUUAUAACUCUUAAGGUUUCCAUAGCAACUUUUACGUAUGAGAUCAUAAUUUGACUUUUUUUGUCUACUUCAGAAUGGAAAGUAACUUAGUAUGUCAUGAACUAGAUUGUUAGAGAAGUUAUACAAAGAUAAAAAAGUUUUAUAAACUUAAGGAAAAAAAGUUAAUUUUUUUUUGGUUACAAAAAAAUCAGCAUUUUUUCUAUUUUAGUUUACUGCUGUAUGCUUUUAAUUGCAAGAAUAUAUUUAUAAAUAGUGUAAAAAAGAUGAAUAUAAAAUGUUAUCAAUGACCUAGGUAAAUCUACCUAAAAUUGGGAAAAAUAUCAGUGAGAUUAUGACCUGGGGUCAGUGACAUUUAAAGAAGUUAAAAGUUGGUUGCAAACCUAUUCUUUAAAUUAUAUAUACAUGUACACAUGUACUAAUACAUUGCA